CAACACUGUCAGAAUACGUGGCCCGUGGUUUCCCAACGAUUCGUGUGCGUUGUUUAUAUUUUUUUUAAUAACCAAAUUCGCUAAAAAACAACCGAGAAGCUAUAAUCAGACUUCAGGAUGAUGAAUCCACAGUACCCUCCACCAGGGCAAAAUAACAAUGCACCGAGCAAUCCACUGGGCUUCCCACCAUCCCAAGACUACAAUGGCAUCCACAAUGCCAACAUCUAUGGCCAACCCUCCAAUGGACCAACCGAUAUGUCCCAGAGGAUGCAAAACAUGAACUUAAAUGGUCCACAAGGCCAAAGUCAAGGCCAAGGUUUCCAAAACAUUCCUGUAUCACAGUUACCACCAGGUCAAAACCCUCCCAACUUUCCACCAACUUCCAACUACGCUGGACAGUUGCCAACAGGGGCAAAACCUUUCCAAGGUAGACCUGCAGUAAGCAGUAAUCUGGAGCAUCUUUCUAAUUCAUUAGCUCCGACACCCACCCCUAGGCUAAAUUAUCCACCAGGUUUUGGUCAUCUUGUCCCACCACCACCAGGAUUUCAACCCAAGCCACAGCAGCCUGGCAUGCCUCCUCAAAUGGGUGGACCUCAGCAAGCUUUCCAAGGUCCCGGCAUGCAGCCCCAACCUGGACAAAUGAGCAGAUCUAGUCAACCUAGCAUGCAACAACAGUCUUCCGCUCAAGGGAUCCCAGUAGGAUCUGUUCGUGGUCAACAAGGAGCUGGUCUUCCUUCACCACAAACUUCUCAGUCAAUGCCAGGCCAGGGCCAGCCUUCUCAACAAAUCCCUAAUCAAGGCCAAUCUCAAACAACCGUUAAGCCUCCUCCAGGGUCUUCACAAGCUCAGUUAAAUCAACAGCCGAAAUUACCACCUGCUAUUGGAGGUUCAGGUCCCCAACCUGGUAUGCAACAGUCUGGGCAAUUUGGGGCCUCUCCUGGUUUCCCAUUGCAACAGGCUGCAAAUCAAGGCAUGCCCACACCAGCUGGUAUGCCACCUGGCUUAACAGCACAGUCUGGUCAACAUUCUCAGCCCAACUUACCUCCAGCUGGUUUCAAUCAGCCUGGUCUACCACCUCAAGCAGGUUUACCCAAACAAUCUGGUCAAACAGGACAACGCCCCCCUGGCCAACCUUCACAACUGGGUCCACAAUCUUAUCCUGGUGUCCCGCCACAGCCUGGCAUGCAACAAUCUGGCAUGCCACCGUUGUCUAGCAUGUCACAAUCAGGCUUACCACCACAAUCUGGCAUGCAACAAACAGGCAUGCCUCCGCCGCCUGGCAUGCAACAACCAGGCUUGCCACCACAGCCUGGCAUGCAACAACCAGGCUUGCCACCACAGCCUGGCAUGCAACAACCAGGCUUGCAACAACAACCUGGCAUCUCACAGCCUGGAUUACCACCACAACCUGGCAUGCCACAAUCUCAAUAUAACCAGUACCAGACAAUGCCAGGUCUUCCUCACAUGCCGCCGCCGUUGAGCCAACAGCAGUACCAGACACCUGGAAGUCAGCCAGGAUACGGAGCUCCAGCGCAACAACCUGGUGGUUAUCCUGGUAUGCCACCAAUGCCGCCGCAACCAGCCCAGCCAAUGGCAGGCCAGGGCUACCCGCCCUUCCCAGCGCAACAGCCGAGCUACAACCAGCAGUACCAGCAGCCGCCACAGAAGAGAUUGGACCCUGACCAGAUGCCCAGCCCAAUCCAAGUGAUGGCAGACGACCAGCAAAACCGAGGUGGCGUGUUCGUAACCAACGAGAAGGGUCUGGUACCGCCGCUAGUCACUACAGACUUCCUUGUGGACGAUAAAGGGAAUGCCAGUCCCCGCUAUAUAAGGAGUUCCACGUACAGCGUGCCUGUUACUGCUGAACUGUUGAAGCAGACUACAAUGCCAUUCUGCUUAGUUCUUUCCCCGAUGGCGGAGACAGUGGGCACAGAGCAAGAGCCCCCACUGUUGGACUUUGCAGCCCUAACAGGGUCUCCCACCAUGGGGCCCGUGCGUUGCUGUCGCUGCAAGGCCUACAUGUGCCCCAACAUGAAGUUCAUCGAUGCAGCACGACACUUCAAGUGCGCCUUUUGCAAAGCUACUUCUGAAGUUCCAAUGGAGUACACCCAAUAUGUCAACAGCAUGCAACAAUACGGCCGCAUGCCCGCGGAAAUGGCAUUGGGAACAUAUGAAAUUGUUGCCACCAAGGAGUAUUGUCGAAACAACACGUUACCAAACCCUCCGGCGAUCGUAUUCGUCAUCGACGUAUCCUACAACGCGAUCAAAAACGGUCUCGUCCAAACCAUAUGUGAUAACAUUAUGGAUAUUAUUGAGUCGAUGCCGAAAGACGAACAAACAGGCAAAAGUUGGACGCGGGUUGGUUUCAUUACUUACAGUACCACUGUGCACUUCUACAAUAUAAAGGGUACAUUAGCACAGCCGCAAAUGUUGUCGGUGGGUGACGUGGGCGACAUGUUCGUGCCCCUGCUGGAAGGGUUCCUGCAGACGCCGGAAGAGAGCGGGCCGGUGCUGGAGGCGCUGCUGCAACAGCUGCCUCUCAUGUUCCAGAACAAUAAGGAGACGGAAACUAUUCUUUUACCAGCUGUACAGGCUGGUCUGGAAGCGCUAAAGGCCGCGGACACAUCAGGCCAGCUGCUGGUGUUCCACACCACGCUGCCCACCUUUAACGCGCCGGGGAAGCUGAUCAACAGGGAGGACAGGAAACUGCUGGGCACCGAGAAAGAGAAGCAGAUAUUAACGCCGCAAACGACGGCGUACAACGAGCUCGGCCAGUCAUGUUCGGCCGCAGGCGUGUGCGUGCAGAUGUUCCUCUGCAAUAACUCGUACAUCGACGCGGCCACGCUCGGGCAGCUGCCCAGGCUGACCGGCGGGCAGCUGCACAAGUACACCUACUUCGUUGCAGACACGGACGGCGCACGCUUGGCGUGGGACGUUAAGCGCGUAGUGUCGCGACCUACGGCGCACGACGCGGUGAUGCGCGUACGCACGUCGACCGGCGUGCGCGCCACGGAGUUCUACGGACACUUCUUCAUGUCCAACACUACUGACGUCGAGUUGGCAGCUAUUGACGCGGACAAAGCGAUAGGAGUGGAAAUCAAGCACGACGACAAACUAACAGCGGAGGAUGGCGUUUACAUCCAGGCGGCGCUACUGUACACGCACCGCAGCGGCCAGCGGCGCUUACGCGUCAUCAACCUGGCGCUGGCGGUGGCGCAUCAGCUCGCCGACGUGUACCGAUCCGCCGAGCUCGACACCUGCAUCAACUUCCUCACUAAACAAGCGGUGUGGGCCCUCAGAGAAGCAACGCCUAGGCAGGUUCGGGAAGGCCUAACGAGUAGAUGUGCCAAAUCCUUAGCAGCAUACCGAAGGCACUGCGCGUCGCCUUCAUCAGUGGGACAACUGGUGUUGCCAGAAUCCAUGAAACUUCUGCCGCUGUACACCAGCUGUAUUCUACGAUCCGAUGCUGUGGCCGGAGGCCCAGACAUAACGUGCGACGACCGGUCGUGCGCGAUGUACCGCGCGCUGACGGCCGACGUGUCGCAGUCGCUGGUCUACACCUACCCGCGCCUGCUGCCGCUGCACGGUCUGCCGUCUGCGCAGCCGCAACCCUUGCGCGCCUCCGUCGACAAGAUGAACGAGAUGGGUGUAUACUUGCUGGAAAAUGGCGUCCACAUGCUUAUAUGGGUGGGAUCGCAAGCCCCGAGCGAGUGGGUGAGCGACGUAUUCGGAGUAGCGUCUCCACAACACGUCGACACCCAUGUGUGCGAGUUGCCAGAGCUGGACAACCCUACGAGCCAAGCUGUCAGGGACCUCGUCUUACAGACCAGGAUCAAGCGCAGAAAUGCCAUGAGGCUAACAGUGAUGCGUCAACACGACAAAUUGGAGACAGUACUACGUCACUUCCUAGUAGAAGACCGCGGAGUUGACGGAAGCUCCUCAUACGUCGAUUAUCUGUGCCACAUACAUAAGGAGAUCCGAUCCUUACUAUAGCCUUUAUACUAACUCCACAUAGGCUGGUUUUACAUGCUAUUCCCGCGCUGAUCGCCAGCGCUGACGGUCAGCGUGAUAAAAAACCAGCUCUACUUAUGUGGAGCGACUUUAACGGACCAUUGAAGUGCUUAACAUGUGCUUAAUCCUUUAGUCCGUAAAAGCCGCUUUACAUGAAGAUAGUAGAAAUAUAUGAAAAGAACAUUACAUUGUCUGAACUAUGAUUCCGUGUGUUGAUUAACGAGUGAUGAUCGUUGGGUGCGACGAGUGGCUGACUGUAUUUUAUUGUUAUAGCAAUUAAUAAUGGCAUGUUUACAUUAUUCCAGUUACUUAAUGAUAAAAAAGAUUCCUCUCCACUAUUAUUGUGCAAUUUAUUAUAAAUGCUGUAUAAUUUUGAUUUAUUUUAAUGCAUAUCAGCAUGUAUAAUCUAUUCCUUCUUAACUGACUUAACAUUGUUUUAUCGUAACUGGCAUAAUGUAAACUGGCACUAAAAUUAGAUAUAAUCUGUUGAGAAUUAUAUGACCAUAGAGUUUGUAAAAUACG